AUAGCAAAACAUCCUCAAUAGAGCAUUUUGGUUCACCUUAUUAGGAUUAUAAAAAAUUUGGCACUCUGUCCAACAACUAUUGCCUCUGUACAAAUCCAAAUUUAUGUUGUUGUUUUGUUCUUGCUCUUGUUCCUCCCCCCAUUCUCUCACUCAUCCCUCUUUUCCCUUUACACUGCAUUUUUACUGACCAGAGGCUAAGUGAAAAGAUCAGCGAUAGAAUUAAAGAAGCAAAUUUAAUUUUCUUUGUUUUGGGUGUCUCAGGUAAAGAUUCAGUAUUUGAUCGGUCAGAGUUAAAAAAAAAAAAAGAGUAACAGGAAGAGUACUUUUUAUUUAUUUUAAUUAUUCUUUUUGGUCUGAAAUUGGUGUGUCAGUCAUUGGAGUACAACACACAUGGAACAUGGUUGAUAAAUCAAGAAAGGAGAAAAAAGGUUAAAGUGAGGCUUAGCUUAGCUAGCUUUGGUUUGCUCUCUUUUGAUUUUAGUUUUGUUUGGAAGAGAAGAACAGUAAGAUCAAAAAAAUGGGUUGCUGGUAUUCAAGAUUAGAGAGAGAAGAGUUGGUUUCGAGAUGCAAAGCUCGAAAGAGGUACAUGAAACAGUUAGUGAAAUCCAGACAAGCUUUUUCUGCUUCUCACUCUAUGUACUUACGUUCACUUCGAAACACUGGCUCUGCUUUGCUUCAGUUCGCUACCGGAGAAACCGAUCUCCACCCGCAAAACCACCACCUUCCUCCACUUCCGCCAUCACCACCACCACAGCGACGACUCGUCACCCCACCACCACCGCCGCCGCCACCAAUGAGCCCCACAUCCUGGACUACCUCCACCACCACAUCCUCUGCCCUCCCACCACCCCCUCCUCCGCCGCCUCCGGCGGCGUCGAACUGGGAUUUCUGGGACCCAUUUGUGCCUCCUCCGUCAUCUUCGAGGUCGGUGACGGAGGAGGAAUGGGAGGAGACAACUGUUGCGUCCGAGGUGGCGGUGACAACCACGGUUGGGGCGGCGAGCGUGGCGGCUCCGCCAUCAGUGGUGAGUCAGUUUUCUAAAGAGACCACAACUACGAGUGAGCUGGCGGUGGUAGUCUCUACGAAGGGUAAAGACUUGGUAGAGAUCAUAAAAGAGCUUGAUGAGUACUUUUUGAAUGCGGCAGAUGCAGGUGGUCAACUCUCAUUGCUUUUGGAAGUUCCCAAUUGUGCUUUUUCCGACCAAAGAUCUUCAGAAAAGUUGAGUCCAUUUUCAUGGACAUUUGGAGGAAGUUCAAGAUGGAAUGGAAUUGGAAGAUUUUGUGAUGAUCCAAUGAACAAAACUAGCAAUACGGUAAAUGGUGCCAAAGCUUCCCAUUGUUCCACAGUAGAGAGAUUAUAUGCUUGGGAGAAGAAACUCUACCUAGAGGUCAAGCAUGCUGAGGCAUUGAAAUUGGAGCAUGAGAAAAGGGCAGGUCACGCGAGGAAGCUAGAGAUGAAGAGGGCUGAUUACGUAAAGACAGAGAAAGCGAAGAAGGAAGUAGAGAAGUUGGAAUCACAAAUGAUGGUUGCAUCCCAAGCUAUUGAGACUACAUCAGCUGAAAUCAUCAAAUUAAGGGAAUCGGAGCUCUAUCCUCAACUUGUUGAUCUGGUCAAAGGAUUGAUGUACAUGUGGAGAAGCAUGUACGAGUGCCAUCACGUUCAAACACACAUAGUUCAGCAGCUGAAGUAUCUCAAUACCGUGCCAUCAACUUAUCCUACCUCUGAGAUUCAUCGACAAUCAACACUACAACUUGAACUUGAACUGGAACAAUGGCACCUAUCAUUUUGCAACCUAGUGAAAUCUCACAGGGAGUAUGUUCAGUCCCUUACCGGCUGGCUCCGUCUUAGCCUCUUCCAACUUGGAAAUAAUCCAGUACAGAAGACGAGCCAGGACAAUGAAGUUUACUCCCUUUGUGAAGAGUGGCAUCUUGCAGUUAACAAUGCUCCCGAUAAAGUAGCAUCGGAAGGAAUCAACAGUCUACUAACUGUUAUCCAUGCCAUGGUGGUGCAGCAGGCAGAAGAGCUCAAGCAAAAGAAGAAAUCAGAGAUGGCAUUCAAAGAGCUUGAAAAGAAGGCUUCUGAGCUUCGGUCAUUAGAGUCCAAGUAUGGCCCGUAUUCUAUACCUGAUUCCUCUAGCAGUACGAGUAGCAAGAACCCUGUGACUGAGAAACGAGCUAAGGUGGAGGUGCUAAGAGCGAAAGCUGAGGACGAGAAGGCCAAGUAUGACAAAGCAGUGAGUGUAACAAGGGCAAUGACAUUGAACAAUCUACAGAUGGGUUUGCCUCAUGUUUUUCAGGCUGUGACGGGUUUUGCCAAUGUGUGGACACAUGCAUUUGAGUCAGUAUAUAAUCAAGCUAAAAAUACUGAUCAGGUGCAUGAUUUGAAGAGGAUUUUACCUUGAGAUACAGAGCAGCUUCCUUGUGGUCCAGGCAGCCUGCAGAAAAAAUGUAUAUAUGUGUUCUUGAAACUUGUUUCCCCUCCUGCAGCCUUGAGGGUUUCUUAGUAUGUGCUAUAAUGUAUAGGGAAACUCAGGAAUGCAGAUUUUCUUGAGAGCGAGCAAAAGAGAUGAUUUUGGUUUAAGCAAUCUCUGACAGUGUAAGUAUGGCUGCCGAUGGAGGUAGAUGAUAUAGGUUGCUAGCCUUUGGCAUUAGAGGAUGUUAGGAUUUUUGAAGUAUGUAUUAGCUUUGCUCAGGAAACAGUUGGUGUUUUUCAUUUUUCGUUUUGGAUUGGAUGUUGGGGAAAGUAGUUUUGCGGAAAUUGCAUUUAUAUGUAGUUCUGUGUUGCUUUCGAUCGUGUACUCACUGGUUUUACUUGUUACUUUUAAGUCUUA